CAACCCCGCCGCGGGAGGGGAACCGGCAGCCGCGGCUGCUCGGGCCUCCGGGGUCGGUAGUCGUCAUGGAUUACCUGUGGGAUGAUCUGACCCUGUCCUUCUCCCGCACGUCCAUGUUCCCCUUUUUUGACAUCGCCCACUACCUGGUGUCGGUGAUGGCGCUGAAGCAGCGGCCAGGAUCUGUGACAGUGGCGUGGAAUAACCCCCUGUCCAGCUGGCUGAGUGCUAUGCUCCACUGCUUUGGGGGAGGAAUUUUAUCCUGUAUACUGCUUGCAGAGCCUCCACUGAAAUUUCUUACAAACCACACUAAUAUUUUACUGGCUUCUUCUAUCUGGUAUAUUGUAUUUUUUUGCCCACGUGACCUAGUUUCCCAGGGCUAUUCCUAUCAGCCUAUUCAAAUGCUGGCUGCGGGAAUGAAGGAAGUGACCAGAACCUGGAAAAUAGUAAGCGGAGUCACACACGCUAGUAACUAUUACCGAAAUAGCUGGAUAGUCAUGAUAACUAUUGGAUGGGCCCGAGGGGCAGGUGGUGCUGUUGUCACGUCUUGUGAGCAGCUGCUGAAAGGAGAUUGGAAGCCAACAGGGAAUGAGUGGCUGAAGAUGUCCUUCCCUUCCAAGGUGACGCUGCUGGGGUCAGUCCUGUUCACGCUACAGCACACCCAGCACCUGGCAAUGUCAAAGCACGACCUCAUGUUCCUGUACACCAUCUUUCUCCUGACGGUGAAGGUCAGAAUGAUGAUGACAAAGAGCAUCCCCAUGACUUUCGCUCCCGUCGAGGACAUCUUGAGCCGGAUGCUGUUUGGCUGGCAGCAGCAGUUUUUAUGGGGUGAAAAGAAACCAGAUGUGAAGCCGUCUUCCAAUGGCACCGCCUCGUCAGUGUCCAAGCCCACCACCGAGGAGCUGGAUGCAGCUAAGAGGCAUGCCAAGAAAGAAGACUGACGACCUGACCUGCGCUUAGGAGGAAGAAAGGGAGAGUUACUUUUCUAUUAGUGUGUGGCCGGAUUUCCGUGUCAGUGAUGCGAAGUAAGCUUAUCUGUAAGGAGAGACGAGACAACAAGGAAGAAAUGCUUUGUGUCAGGGACACCGCUCUGCUGAUUGUAACUCUUGGGGUCAUGAGUGUAUCAUGUGAAUUUAUUUUUCUGAUAUAAGAGAUUCUCCUAAUUAUUUGAACAGUUUUAUAUUGAUAAAAGGAUAAUUUUUUAAAUGUUAGAAAAAGUUCACUUGUUACUGCAAAAUUCUAAGGCUUUCUUUCACACUUAUAAAAUUCAGUAUUUUUUUCAGUUUUUGAAUGAUUCUAAUUGUGUUUUAAUUCUGCAGAAUUAAACCUUUACUUCAUAGUUACAGUGUAAUUCCUGUAUAUAGAAGACAGCUCCUAUUUAAUUUUGAACAUGGAGAAUUUUCCUAAAUAAUUUUUAACUGAAAAUAAACUGAUAGUGUAUAUUUGGUGUAUAAAUUUGUUUUUAUAUUUCUUGCCCAUGUUAAAAAUACUUGAAAUUUUAUUUAUUUUAGUUUCAAGUGUUAUUUUUCAGUGAGACCACACUGUUAAUUUGAGCCUCCGUUUGAAGUUUUUCUUAGGCUCUUGUUUUAAAAAUGACUUUCUCCUCAGAAAAGCAGGGUUACAAUUUGUGUGUAUCUUUUUCUUUUUGCAAUGACAGUCUCACUCUGUAGCCCAGGCUGGCCUCAAAUCUCCUUCUACCUCGGCCUCCCAAAUGCUGGGACUACGGGCACGGGCCACGAUGCCAGGCUAGUGGUGAGGUUUUUCUUGUUACUUAUCUGCGCUUUAUCGUGUGUUUGGAACCUGGGCUGUCUCUGUCCUUACCUUGUUUCCACAGCUGAAGAGAGUCACUGUGUCACAUGUUCUCCUGACUCAGUUGUCAAUGUGUUGGUGCGUGUCUCAGAGACUCCACAAAAAUGGUGUCACGUCCGUACCUCUCCUCCAGUGCGCACCGCUUCGGGGCUUUCUUUGACUGUCUCUUGUGAGUUCGCACAUGGGUGUCUUUGUGUAAUAGACAUGUACACAUGCCGCAAGGUUUAUCUUCACUGAACACCGCUUUCUGGCGAGACUUCUCAGCCCUCAUGAGAAUUGCCUUCACACAUUUGCUCCCAGUCACUGAGCCGAACCUCGCGCGGUAGGCUGCUCCAGUGCAGUAAUACAGCAUUAAGUCUGGUUUCUCAUUGGCAGCGAACAGAGCAGACAAGAAAAUGUACUGCAUGAUAGGCUUAUUUGCUUUAUUUGGGUUAAAAGUCUGGUUAUAAUAUUCAAAUUCUGCGGUAUGACUUUUUAUACCAAGAACGGUACCUGCUCCUCUAUUAGGUGUUUGUGUUGGCUAAGAAGCGCUUCUGUGACGUUCAAGAUGUGAAGUUUUCCUUUUUAGUUUUUAACAAAUACACACCAUCAGGUUCUAUACUUUAACUUGCUUAAGAAGAAGAUUUUGUGUGGGACACUUUUGAUAACCUUGGUAUCAGAAAAUGCUUAUUUUUACUAUUGUGACAGAGAACACUAAAUUGAACUCUAUUAUAUAUUUGAUAAUCUGUAGCCAAAGACUUUGUAAAAAUGAACUUGUUAAUGUUGGGCCGUCCUGAAGUUUGAAUUUAGCUGUGGUUAAAACAGUAAUGUUUUACAUUGUGUUCAAAACAAAUUCAUUAAAAUAAGUACUUUAU